CGUGGGGGGCGGGGCGGGGCGCCGAGCGCGCAUGCGCCACAGCGCCAGCGCUCUCCCCGGAUAGAGCGGGGCCCGAGCCUCUCCGCUGUGGUGGUUCCGCUCCCGCUCGCGCUCCCCCGCCGCCAUGUCGGCCACCAUCGAGCGGGAGUUCGAGGAACUGGACGCUCAGUGCCGCUGGCAGCCGUUAUACUUGGAAAUUCGAAAUGAGUCCCAUGACUAUCCUCAUAGAGUGGCCAAGUUUCCAGAAAACAGAAAUCGCAACAGAUACAGAGAUGUAAGCCCGUAUGACCACAGUCGUGUUAAACUGCAAAGUACUGAAAAUGAUUAUAUUAAUGCCAGCUUAGUUGACAUAGAAGAGGCACAAAGAAGUUACAUCUUAACACAGGGUCCACUUCCUAACACGUGUUGCCACUUCUGGCUCAUGGUGUGGCAGCAAAAGACCAAAGCAGUUGUCAUGUUAAACCGAACUGUAGAGAAAGAAUCGGUUAAAUGUGCACAGUACUGGCCAACAGAUGACCGAGAGAUGCUGUUUAAGGAAACAGGAUUUAGUGUGAAACUCUUAUCCGAAGAUGUGAAGUCAUAUUAUACAGUACAUCUACUACAGUUAGAAAAUAUCAACAGUGGUGAAACCAGAACAAUAUCUCACUUUCAUUAUACCACCUGGCCAGAUUUUGGCGUUCCUGAGUCACCAGCUUCAUUCCUAAAUUUCUUGUUUAAAGUUAGAGAAUCUGGCUCCUUGAACCCAGACCACGGACCUGCAGUGAUCCACUGCAGUGCAGGCAUUGGACGCUCUGGUACCUUCUCUCUUGUAGACACCUGUCUUGUUCUGAUGGAAAAAGGAGAGGGUGUUAAUGUGAAACAAGUAUUACUGAAUAUGAGAAAGUAUCGAAUGGGACUUAUUCAGACACCAGACCAGCUCAGAUUCUCCUAUAUGGCCAUAAUAGAAGGAGCAAAGUAUACACAAGGAGAUUCAAAUAUACAGAAACGGUGGAGAGAACUCUCUAAAGAAGAUGUGUCUCCUGUUUGUGAUCAUUCACAAAACAGAACAAUGACUGAAAAGUACAAUGGGAAGAGAAUAGGUUCAGAAGAGGAAAAACUCACAGGACUUUCUUCUAAGAUGCAAGACACCGUGGAAGAGAACAGUGAGAGUAUUCUACGGAAACGUAUUCGAGAGGACAGAAAGGCCACCACAGCUCAGAAGGUGCAGCAGAUGAAACAGAGGCUCAAUGAAACUGAACGAAAAAGAAAAAGGUGGUUAUAUUGGCAACCUAUUCUCACUAGGAUGGGGUUUGUGUCAGUCGUUUUAGUUGGCGCUUUGGUGGGCUGGACACUGUUUUCUCAGUGAAAUGUCCUAGAAAUAAACAGUUCCACCCAGCACCUUUCUGCACUAGUAGCCGACAGUGCUACAUUAAUCUCAAGGGUUUGUUAGCAGAUGACUCAUACCCCACAAACGUUGCAGUAGACUAGACAUCAACCAGUAAGGGAUAUUUACAGUCACAAGCCCAACAUCUCAGGACUCAUCACUGCAGGUUCCUCUGAGACCCAAACUUCAAUGACUCAAAAUAAAGACAAACAUGCUUGUUGAAAACUGUUAUAUCUUACAGCUGUGUUCACACAUGUCGAGCAUCAUGGUUUCACUGACCAAUAUUGAGAAAUCCUUUAUCACAAGGAUUGGCUUUGGGAGGCUUUCUGGAUUUUAACCUGCACUUGAUAUAAGCAAUAAACAUUGUGGGUUUUUUUCUACAUUAUUAAUGGAAAGAAAAUAUCCCUUAAAUAAUGUGUGUAAUGUGUAAUGUAAUGUUGAAAUGGGCAUUACAACUUUAUAUGCUUAACCAUUUUAGGGUAAAUAUAUUUUAUAAGUACCUAUUUAAUCUUACUUUUGUAGUUAAAUGUACUUUAAAAUUCAACUUGAAAAUCUGUUACCAUAGAAAAAUAAAUUGUAUGUUGACUCAGUUGUAUACCAGAUACAUUUUCCCUUUCCUAAACAGAAGUUUGAUAGAGGCAGUGGAAACUAUGAGCAAGCUAUUUCUACUACACAGUUUAUUUCUUUUGUAUUUUAUGGUUUAUCUUGUUUUAAAAAGAAAAGCAAAGAAACAGAAUUUUCAAAACAUGUCAUUUAGGGAAAUUUUCCUUUCUGUAAUAGUCAAGUGACAGUUAGUCAGGACUUAGUUUAAACAACAACAAAAACCAUCCUGUUUUCUGCAGGAUGUGAUGGCACACACAGUGCUCAGGAAGCUCAGGCAAGAGGCUCAGAACUUUGAAGCCAGCCAAGACUGCAUAGCAAGUUCCUAUCUUUAAAAUAAAAGUAGAAAAGGAGGCGCUAGAGGGGAGGUCAGAAAACACCAAGAAUAAGAAAUUGGUUCUUAGCCAUAUGUGAUGGUGCAAACCUGUCAUCUCAGCACUUGGGAGAUAGAGGCAAAAGGAUCACAAGUUCA